CUGGCAAGUGCGCUUGUCGCGUGUGCCUGAGGCUGGAACCCCGGUCGGUCGAUCGAAUUGGGACUAGUCGAUGACUUCAUCGUCACCCUGGACCCUGCCACUAGUCCCGUCUGGGCUGGAAAAGGGUUCUGGCGCUUGGUUGUCGGAAUUCGAGUCGAGCGAAUGCUCAAAACUCGGUCUGGUCCAGUGAAUUACAGUGUCUGAAAGGAAGACCUGCGAUACAAACGUCCCUUUCUUGAGCCUGUCCUGCCGGCUGUUGCACGGCCUUAUUGCAGCUCGCUUUCUGCUGUUAUCUAUCUUUUGCCUCACAUAUUACCCAUGUAAUCCUGCACUCGUCCUGAAGGAACGAACGAUGGCUCCGCCCAAGCGCUCUGCACCAGAGACCAGUGUUUGUAACGACGCGAACCUCAUAGCCAAGCAGAAGCUCGCUGCGCAGGCACAGCUGGCUGGCCGUGGAAGACGAGCAAAUGGCAAUGCUACUACUGACGCCGCCUUGUGCAACCAGGCUGACGAUGUGCGUUCCGGCUCGAAGGAUCUCGCAAACGGGAGCGAGACGUCUAGUCCAGACCAGAAUGGCUCAAACACGGGCAGCAUCGACUGGCUCCAAGAAGACCGCAAAUUGCUGAUCAAGUACCGCGAUGCCUACAAGCUACCCUCCGCAUCGGCCUUCUACAACGCCUCAGCACAGUACAUAUUAGCCACGGGCAUCGGCCCCAGGUCUCCUACAAUGGCGCGAGAACGAGAGAAGAGGAGAAAUACGAAGACAGAUCUGGCUGCCGCCGUGCGAAAGCACUUCAAGAACACGUCAGUUGCAGAAAGCGAGUGUCUUGUCGAGGUUAUGUACAGAGUCAAGACAAAAGACAAAGCAUUCCGUCUCAAAUUUCCACCCAAACCUGUGAGAUAAUCUCGUUAUGGCAUGGUACAAUCGCACAUCGGAGGCGGGUAAGCAUUUGGAUCGGCGUUGUUGGAAUGCCACGAACGAACGAAACUUUGACGCUCGAGAGAAGUCGUACAAUUAUCACUUAGGCGCGUCUUUUUCACACAGCCUGAAUGCGAACGACGUACUUCAUGAAUGCGGUGUUCUCUGGUGAGGAGGCUGCUCUCGGCAACGGGGAUCCGAAUUUGGGCAUCCGCAUGUUGCAUCGGCGUCAUCAGGGCAUGGGUUCGCAGCACAUUAAUUUCUUCCGAGUGCUCAUACGACAAUACCCUAUUGCAUGCAAUACACUGGCCUUGCGGAUCAUUUGUUUCGACUCUUUGUUUAUAGAAUUCAGUUUCUUGCUAACUCAGAUCCUUUCUCUCAUUUGCAAUUGACCCUAGCGCCCCUUAAAGUCAAGGGGUCUGAAGGCGCAAUUUCAUUCGGUCCCAGUAGUUGAACAUUUAGCCAGCGUCAUGCACCUCGCCUAUGCACAAGCGACCCAAAAACUCCAUACAGCUCGCCUCAAACGUUCAUCACAACUUCAUGCACUGUCAUGCCGCAUGCAUCAACUAAUGUUUCUAUGGCGAUAUACACCGGCUGGCGAGGUGCAUUUUAGGAUGAAUUCAAUUGUCCGGGAAUCUGAAAUGGAUUAACAUGGCUGUGAAGGGAAUAACGGGAAGUGAGGACCACAACGUGAAUGUGAACAGGGCCAAGGGUGGGAAGUGCUGUAUAUGUUUUGCUGUAUUGCUACACCUUGGCUUCCCUUAUUCCGCCUGCAAAAUCGAUGAACCUUUUCAAUUGAGGUUCAAUGAUCCAAAAUGAAAAAAA